GACGUUUUUUCCCCUUCUAGGCUUCCGUACGUAAACAAAGAUGGCGGCUUCUUCCGACGUUAAUGUCCGAAUUUGCGCACAAGAAAUGAUCAAAUAUGACCUGGAAAUUAAAGCUGGCGUCCAGGACAUCAGAGAAUGUUCCGGACCUCACAGCCACCUCAUGCAGCUCAACUGUCACGUCAAAGACAAAUUCAACCAACUCCGGCGCAGGAUUCAGGAUCUGGAGCAGAUGGCCAGAGAGCAGGACAAGGAGUCGGACAGAAUGUCCAUCCAAGCGGAGGCGGAGAGCCAGCGAAGACAAAUGCUCAGUAACCAGACGGCGUGGAGGAAGGCCAACCUGGCGUGCAAAAUGUCCAUGGACCACAUGGCGAAGGACGAGCUGCUGCGCGAAGGAGAAGGUCAUAAUGUCCGGGCGAGGAAGGCGACCAAGGAGAGUCUGGUGGGGAGCAGCAGCAACAUCACCGAGAGUCUGAUGUCCAUCAGCAGGAUGAUGGCGGAGCAGGUCAAGCAGAGCGAGGACAGCAUCAGCACGCUGGCCACCUCCUCCCGCACGGUCCAGGAGACCAACGAGGAGUUCAAGAGCAUGACAGGAACCAUCCACCUGGGCAGGAAGUUGAUCCUCAAGUACAACAGGCGGGAGCUGACGGACAAGCUGCUCAUCUUCCUGGCGUUGGCGCUCUUCCUCGCCACCGUGCUCUACAUCCUCAAGAAGCGCCUCUUCCCGUUCAUUUAGGCUCCUCCCCCUCGCCAGGGGACGUCACACAUCGAGUCAGGGCUGGGCGAUACGGCCGUAGGUCAAUAUCGAUGAUUCCUGGCCAUGAAGCCUCAGGAGCCUACAGGAAGUAUCAGGGGAGAGGAAAGUCCGGGCUUCUCUGCUUAGGCUGCUGCCCCCGCGACCCCAUGGAUGGAAUUAUCUUUAAUAAAGCACCAGGAGAAAAAUAUACUUAAUUUAAAAAUCUACCCUGAUGAUACCCAAGGCAGAAAGGAAACAAUGUUAACAAAAUUUUAGAGUUAAAUAUGCAGAGAAGUUACAGCGGUGCUCUAAAGGGUAAGCACGGCAAAGAUACUCUGGCGCCUUGCAUUUACACACCAAUAUGGUUAAUGAUAAAAUCAUAUUAAACAGUUUAAAAAAAUGUAAGCAAAUUGUGGAAAAAUUUUAAAAACACAAACUUAAGUAAUUUCUGCAGGGAAGUUACAGCGGUGCUCUAAAGGGUAAGCACGGCAAAGAUACUCUGGCACCUUGUAUUUACAGACCAAUAUGGUUAAUGAUAAAAUAUUAAACGGUUUAAAAAAAUAAGUAAUUUUUUGCAAAAAUUAAAAAAAAAAAAAUGUAAACAAAAACUUAGGUAAUUUCUGCAGGGAAGUUACAGCGGUGCUCUAAAGGGUAAGCACGGCAAAGAUGCUGUGGCACCUUGCAUUUACAGACCAAUAUGGUUAAUGAUCAAAUCAUAUUAAACAGUUUAAAAAUAAGUAAUUUGUGCAAAAAUUAAAACCAACAAAUGUACACAAACUUAAUUUCACAAACUUAGUUACAGCGGUGCUCUAAAGGGUAAGCACAACAAAGAUAUUGCGGCACCUUGCAUUUACACACCAAUAUGGUUAAAAUCAUAUUAAACUGUUAGAAACAUGUAAGAAAACUGUGGAAAAAUGUAAAAAACUAAAUAAUUUAAACAGAAAUUUAAGUAAUUCCUGCAGGGAAGUUACAGCGGUGCUCUAAAGGGUAAGCACGGAAAAGAUGCUGUGACACUUUGCAUUUACACACCAAUAUGGUUAAUGAUCAAAUCAUGUCAAAACAAUUUAAAAAAAAUUUGUGCAAAAAUGUAAAAAUCCUGAACAGAAACUUAAGUGAUUCCUGCGGUGCUCUAAAGGGUAAGCACAGCAAAGAUGCUAUUACAUCUUGUAUUUACACACCAAUGUGGUUAAUGAAAAAAUCAUUUCAAACAGUUAAAAAAUAUGUAAGAAAAUUAUGCAACAAUUAAAAAAAAAAAAAUUUAAACAGAAAUUUAAGUAAUUUCUGCAGGGAAGUUACAGCGGUGCUCUAAAGCAGUGGUCCCCAACCUUCUUUUAUCCACGGACCGGUCAACGCUUAAUACUUUGUCCUGCAGC